CUAUUUCUUAUUGUCCAAGCAUCUCCUAGGCCUGGAGGCGGAUCCUCAAGUUGCAAACUCUGAUCCAACCAUUAUUGUCGCUGCAAAAUUCUCAGCUUAUGUAGGAUAAUAAAACUAUGCCUGUGUUCAAAGUGUCUGUAGUUUGGAGCAGCUUGCGAGUCAAGUAUGCAGUGGUAGAUUGGGUUAAGCUAGUCUGGGGAAAGAAUUAUGUCCCUCGGAACAGCUUUCUAGCCUGGAUGAUCAUGUUAGACUCUGUGGUCACUAAGCAGAAGCUGAUGACGUGGGGUAAGCAGACAGAUGGUUUAUGUGUGUUGUGUGGUAUUGCAGUUGAAACUCGUGAACAUUUAUUCUUUGCGUGUGCUUUUUCUCGUCAAGUGGUUAUGGCUUUGCAAAUGGGGGUGCUCUGUUGUGGAUCUUGGGAAGCUACUGUGGCUGCAGGUAUUGCCAGUUGUAAAAGGCCGAAGCUGGGUAGGAUAACAAGCUUGAUCUGGUGCCUAUGCUGCGCACGGGGAUCUGAAAGGAGCGUUGCCGUCGCUUAUAUGGAAACACCAGGAAGCAAGUGGAGGAGUUUAUCAGGGAUGUUACUUGUGAUUUGAGGAUUGUUUGUGCUGAUAAUGAAGAUCUUACCGAAGAGCUGCAGUUUCUUGGGUUGCAAGGAGAUGUUUCGGGGUUGAUAACUAUGAGUAGGUCUCUGUGGAGGGUGUGGUAGGAGGUAGACGGUUUUAUUUCGACUUAUAGGGCUGCUCUACUUGAGCUUUCCUUUCGUUGUAUUGGUUUGGCCAUUUGUGUCUUGCAAAUGGUUUCCUCUUUUGCAAAUUAAUAAAAAGAGGAACUGAUUCAACGGGAAAAAAAAAGUUUUCUUGGUUGAAAGGUAAGUAAAACUUUGAUUCACUGUUACAAUAAAAUAACUUAAACUUGGAAAUCUGAUUGUUUUUUGUCUGUUGAACAUAUUUUGGAUCUAGAUAGUACCAAAAUCUUUUUGUCUGUUCAGCAUAUUUUUGGAUCGAAAUAGUACAAAAAAUAAUGGAUUUGUCAGAGCCACUUUAUAUCUUAACAAAACAUUUGGGAACAUAUUUUAAAAUUACAAAGAUUUUUAAUGCAAAAGAAUAUACAAAAUUCUGAACACCCACUUUUUAGAGAAACUCGCCAAUGCCACCACCUAUAUUCGGCAAACUUCCUUUUUCGAGGCCAUGGGAAUGAAAGAAUUAAAUGUAAUGUAAUAUUGAAUAUUUUUAUUUAAUUGAUCUCCCUAUUUAUUUGCUGAUUGUCUAUCUUAUCAUUAUCCUUUUUUACCCUCAAAACCUUCUAUCUUGUUCAGAAAAAAAAGGAAACAACUAUCCCUAAUUUUGUCUUCUUCAAUCAAUGAUGGAAAUCUUCUUUUUUUAUCGGAAAUCUUAGGUAACAUACAUUACUUAAAUUGAUGAUCAAUCCUAAGAGCAAAAUCAUUUUAAAAUUUUGCAAUCAGGCUACCGAUUUCAGAGCAAAUAUAGAGAUUAUCUACUAUUGGAAUGUGGGAAGAAUAACUUGGGUACAGAGGUUUUAGAACCAGUUUUUAGCUUUACACAAUAUUUGGAUAGAGUUUCUAAUAAACAAAAAUAAUUUGAUACAAUCUAACCGAGAUUACAAGAACAACAGUUUUGUACCAUCAGAUUGGUGCAAAUGAUGCUAAAAACAAAGGUAAAUACAAUAUAUUAGCCAUAACUAUUAAGCAGCGGGGAAUUAUAGCCACAACUAUCGAAAUACAAAUUAUUAGCCAUUCGUUAAGUGUUCGUUAACAAUUCUGUCAGUAAUGAUAACUAAGCUUUUACGAUGUUGAGUUGGCUCCCACGUGGAAGUCAUCAUAUCAUAUUUUUUACGAAGCUGGCACGGCCUUCUUCGUUAAAAAUUUGAAAACAGUAACGGUCUGUUAGCCAAAUCUUGACUCGCAACAAUAGUUAUGGCUAAUAAUUUGUAUUUUGAUAGUUGUGGCUAUAAUUUCCCGCUGCUUAAUAGUUAUGGCUAAUAUAUUGUAUUUACCCUAAAAACAACAACAAACAACCUACGGGGCCACAUCUACACAAAAGCAUCCACGCGAAAUUCUUCCGUAGUCCCGGCUUACCACGUUGGAUAUCAGACGUGGUGCUGCGAGCCAAUUACAACUAGACAUGUAGGAGUUAGUUUCGAUUUCCUCCUGCUUUUAUGGUAGGUUGAUUUUUUUAUUAUUCUUUUUCUUUUUGCUUUCGUUCUUUUAUUAUUCUUCAGAAGAAGAGAUAAAUAUCCAAUUGAAGAAAAAAGAUGAAAUCAAAGGGGAUAAUUCGUUUACGGAAAGAAUCAAUAAGGAAAGAUUAACCAAUUAAUUGAGAAACUAAUUAAAUGCGAGUCCAUUCAAUUUCUGCAUUUUAUUAAUUACUCAAUUUCCAAGUGGCUGGUUUUGAUUAGGUGGGAGUACCAUGUCAGUAAAAUGACGUGGUGAUC